AUGAGUCAUCGGGGUCGUAAGACCGUGAUCCGACGUCUUCUUCGCACAAUUCAACAGACAAAAGUACAAGGCAACAACCCUCUUGCGGUAUCCGGUGCGGCCAAUCUACAAAUCUCUUCGACCCGUCUUCUCAAACGAAAUGAAAGAUACGCCAGUGUGAAUGUUUUAAGGGAUUCUCGAAUCACAUCUCCUCCUCAUAUUUCACUUGUAGCCAGACGGCCCACCAUAAACUGA